AUGGGUAACGACGGUGGCUCGAUUCCCAAGCGCAGCGAACUCGUUAAAGAAGCCGCCAAAGCGCUCACAACCGCUCAAAUCAAGGAGGCGCAAACCGAACACCAAGAAUACGCCUGGUCCACCGAUCCUCUUACGCGCAAACCUCUCGCUCGUCCUGUGGUUUCAGAUGCAGCUGGCGUUUUGUACAACAAGGACUCCAUUAUUGAGUUUCUUCUGAAGGACGACGAGGAUGCAGAGAAGGCGGAGAUGAAGAAGGUUGGGGGUGUGAAAGAUUCAGAACUGGGCACGUUCGGGGAUAGAGUUAAGGGGCUGAAAGAUGUCGUGGAGGUGAAGUUUGAAAUCGAGGAGAAAGAUGGUGGUGAGGUGCAGAAGACUUUGGGAGAGAAGUGGAAGUGCCCGAUCACAGGCGAGAGGCUAGGACCGGGGAGCAAAGCCGUCUAUGUUGUUCCUUGCGGACAUGCAUUUGCGGGAAGUGUCGUCAAGGAAGUUGCUGAGAGGGCGUGUUUGGCAUGUAACGAACCGUACGCAGAGAACGACAUCAUACCUAUCCUACCUACCGCGGCGACCGAUAUCGCACGAUUGAACCUGCGUAUGAAGACCUUGAAGGAAAAAAGCCUGACACAUGCGCUCAAGAAAGCACCCGGCAGCAAGAAGAAGCGGAAACACGGCGAUGCAUCUGCCGCCGAGAACGGCACUGCGAAACCAACAUUAUCAGACGAAGAUAAAAAGGCAAAGAAGGAGGCUGCAGCAAAAUCUACAACAACGGCGAAUGACGGCAUCAAGAACUCUGCCACAGCCUCAUUGACGCGAAAAGUCCUUGAAGAGCAGGAAGAGCGCAACAAAAAGAGGAAGAUGGCUCAGAAUGACAACGUGAACAGUCUGUUCAACAAGAAGGAGCACAAGGCAUCGGCAGGAAAUAGUGCGGAUUAUAUGACGAGGGGGUUCAGCAUUGGGAAGAAGUGA